AUGUGAAAUUAUACAUGACAGAUAUUUUUUUUUUGCAGGCUCACACUUAACCUCACACUCUCAAGCUCACUCUCUGACGUUGUUCCUCUCACUUCUUAAGAUGGCAAAAGAUGUAAGGCUCUCUCACAUUAGUCUUUCUUUAUUCACGUGGAGUUGCUUUAGUUUAAGAUGGAACUGUCUGGUUGUCUGGAACUGUCUUUAGGUUGUAUGGAACUGUCUUUAGGUCUGUGUUUGAGAAUAUACUUAUCUCUUGCCUGUUCUUUUGUGUUUAAGUUUUAUUGAGAAUUGUUUGGUGUGUUUUAGACCUGGACUCCCGAGGAAACUAGGUAUUUUUUUCAACUGUACGCGGAAGAGAGAAGAAAAGGAAAUAAGAGUGCUACAUGCAUGAAUAAAGUAGGGAAAAAGAACAUCAUGGAUGCAUUUGAGCUGAGGUUUAAGAAGGGAUUUUCCGAUUGGAAGAGGGACUUUAAGAACAAGUACGACACCAGUAGGAAGAAAUACAUCAAGAUUAAGGCGCUGACUCAAAACAGGACAUGGCUUGGGUAUGACCACAUGGGAAGAAUUCUCAUGUCAGAUGAUUGGUGGAAUGAACGUGAAAAGGAGUGUCCUGGGAUUAGAAAAUCCGCGUGCAAAGAGAUUGACAACAUGGAUAUGUAUGAAGCAGAAUUUGGUGGCGUAGUAAUAACUGGAGCUGAAGGAUGGAGUGCUCAACAUGGAGAAGCAAGUUUGAACUCUAGAGUGGGUGGAGAUGAUGGUGAUGAGGAAGCUGAUUCUCAGCCAGCAGCAGAACCUCAAGCAUUGGAGACAGAAACUCAGCCACCAGCUCAGACACAAACCCAACGCCAAACUCAGCCAGCAGCUCAGACUCAUUCCGGCGGAAGUUCAAGAGCAAAAAGAAGGCGUAAGGAGAAAGACAUGGUUGUAGAAGCUUGUGACAAAAGGACUGAUGCUAUCGUGGUGAAGAAUAGGAUAGCGGAGCAGAUGUUGGAGCGUGAAGAGAGACAGAGAGUGGAGCGUGAAGAGAGACAGAGAGUGAUCUCCAUUGAGAAUGUGCUAGAGAUUUUGUCUGCACUUCCCGGAGUGGAAGAGUGGUCGCCAUUGUAUGAAGCAGCAAUGGAACUGCUUAUAGAUAGUGAAGAGAACCGUAGGGCCUUUGUUACAAUGAAAACAGAUGAAGCUAAAAUUAAAUUUCUAGAGCUUAGGACUAAGAAAAAGCGUUUUAAUUGA